CUUCCGUAGUCGGAGACGGUGAUAUAAGAACAAAAUGGCAAUGCAAAACCUGCAUCUUGCUGGAGAGGAUGACGAUGAGAUGUACUCUGGCUACAAUGAAUACAAUCCAUUUUUUGACACAGAGAACCUUGAGCAAGAUGAAACCUUUCAGAAAACAGUACAGAAAACAAGUCAUGGGAGAAGACCACCCAUGACAGCUGCUAGGCAACCCCAGAUUGGUGCACAGAGAGGUAUGAUGGGAACAGCUGCUGGGAGUCGUCUUAAAACUGGUCUUACAUCGUCAAUGGGAGCUAGGCCUAUUACAGGGAUGGCACCUCAGGAUGGCAAUGUUGCUCGGCCAAUGACCGCUGUCAAAGCUGCGGGAUACUCAUCAACUGGCAGAGGACAAGCAUUUGACCCAUUAGGUCAGUCAUCGAAAGGACCAGCGCCCCCAUUAGAGACCAAGAAUGAAGACUCUGCUGAAGAGAAAGUAAAACAGCUUGAGAAGCAAGUGAAUGAUCUGAUAGAAGAAAGCUGCUUUGCUCACAGUAGAGGAGAAUUUACUCUGGCUCUUGAUAAGGCAAAGGAGGCUGGACGGCAGGAGAGGAGACUAGGAUCGGUCAGAGAUCAACUCAGUAACAACGAACAGGUCAACCUUGACUUGACCUACUCGGUCUUAUUCAAUUUAGCCAAUCAGUAUGAAGCUAAUGAGAUGUUUACAGAAGCCCUCACUACCUACCAAGUCAUCGUGAAGAAUAAGAUGUUUUCAAAUGCAGGUCGUUUGAAGGUGAACAUGGGUAACAUCUACUACAAGCAACGAAACUACCCCAAGGCUAUCAAGUAUUACCGUAUGGCCCUUGAUCAAGUCCCCAAUACCCACAAGAGAUUAAAGAUGAAGAUAAUGCAGAACAUCGCCAACGUUUUCGUCAAGAUGGGCCAGUACUCCGACGCGAUCACCUCCCUAGAGCACAUCAUGGCAGAGAAGUCGGAUCACUCUACAGCGUUUCAUCUCAUCCUCUGUUACUACGCAACAGGAGACAGAGAUAAGAUGAAGAAGACCUUCCAGAGGCUCCUUGGAGUCGAGAUGAACCUAGAGGACGAGGACAAAUACCUGCCGCAUCCUGAUGACAAGCAUGCAAAUAUGAUCCUAGAAGCAAUUAGGAAUGACGGUCUCAGGCAGGCUGAAAGGAAAAGGAAAGCCAGUAUGGAGAAAUGCGUCAUGGCUGCUGCCAAGCUGAUAGCACCCUCUAUAGAGCAGAGUUUCUCCGCAGGGUAUGAUUGGUGCGUCGACUGUGUCAAGCAGUCCAACUACAUUGACCUUGCCAACGACCUUGAGAUCAACAAGGCCCUGAUGUACCUCAAACAGAAGGAAUUCAAUCAGGCUGUAGAGGUUCUGAAAACCUUUGAGAAGAAGGAGUCCAAGUGUGCUGCAGUGGCUGCAGUCAACCUAUCCUUCAUCUACUUCCUACAAGGCGAUAUAGCUAUGGCUGAGAAGUAUGCAGAGGUUGCCAUGACAGCAGAUAGAUACAAUCCUCCAGCCUUGGUGAAUAAAGGUAACUGUGUGUAUGUCCAGGGAGAUCUUGAGAAGGCCAAGGAAUGCUACCAGGAAGCACUCAGAACAGAAGCAUCCUGCACAGAAGCUCUCUAUAAUCUAGGUCUGGUCAACAAGAAGCUUGGUCAUCUAGAGCCAGCGUUGGAUUGUUUCCUCAAACUCCAUGCCAUACUCAGAAACAACGCUCAAGUAAUAUUCCAGAUAGCAUCAAUCUAUGAGAUGUUAGAGGACAUCCCUCAAGCCAGUGAAUGGUUCAUGCAGCUGAUAGGCAUCGUACCAACCGAUCCAGGUAUCCUCUCCAGAAUGGGAGAGCUCUACGACAACGAGGGCGACAAAUCACAAGCCUACCAGUACCACUUUGAGUCAUUCCGUUAUUACCCGUCCAACAUUGAGAUCAUCGAGUGGUUAGGGGCUUACUUCAUCGACUCUCAGUUCGUCGAGAAGGCCAUUCAUUACUUUGAGAGGGCGGCGGUCAUCCAACCCAACCAGGUCAAAUGGCAGUUGAUGAUUGCCAGCUGUCAUAGAAGAAGCGGAAACUAUCAGCAAGCCUUGGAAACCUACAAGAAGAUUCAUAAAAAGUUCCCUGACAAUGUAGAAUGUUUGAAGUUCUUAGUACGUCUUUGCUCUGAUCUUGGACUGAAGGAUGCCCAAACAUACGCAACCAAGCUGAAGAAGGCAGAGAAAACUAAAGAACUCAGAGAACAGAGGGCCACCAGUGGUAACAGACGUGGUAGCGGUCGUGGUGUACGGCAAGGAAGCGCAGGUUCAGAGCGAGUUGGUAGUGGCACGAGGAGGGGUCUGGAAGACGACCGCCUCGAUAGCCCCGCUGAUUCAGGGAGAGGAGGUAGCGGAACAAGCAGUCGACAGAACAGCGGACGGUCAAGCGCUAGACGGAGCAGUGGGAGGAUGACAGCAUUACCUGAAUCAAGUGGUGUAUAUCAAGUAGAGGAACAGAAUGUUGAUGCCUCCUACAUUGAUCCCCUGGGCCCAUCAGCGGAGAGGCCCAAGACAGCAGCGAGGAAAAGAGACGCUGAGGAUGAGUUUGGUGAUGAGGAGCUCGGUGAUGACCUUCUCCCAGAAUAAACACAAAGUGUGGUGUCAAAAGGAAUAUACCCAUUUUAAGAAUGCGUGGGAGGGUAUUACGAACAGCUUCGUUCAAUUUUAAGCUAAACGAAAUUGAUAUUAGGACUUUUGAUUGGUUAACCUCUUCAAAAACUGAUUUUAGCUGUUCGUAAAGCUUCCCUUAGUGUAAUGAAACAUCUGUACAAUCGAUGUAGAAGAUAUUUAUAGAAUUAAGAAUUGAAUAAAUUCAAACAACCAAUUGAGUUAACAAUUCCAUCAUUUUCAUGGUAUGAAAAAUUCAAAUUCAGAUUUCCAUUGAGAUUUUAUCCUGUGAUAUAUUUAUAAGUAUUUAGUUUUGAAUUAAAUUUUGAUGCUAAUAUAUUUCUUUCUGUGAAUGUGCUCUAAAUGUGAUACCUCUUGUUAAAGUGUUUGUCAGCACUAAUAUGAUCAAGUCACUAUGUCACCUUGAGAAUUAUAUAGUACAUGUACAAGUAAAGUACACUCAAUUCAGUCUAGUCAUAGAUUGCCAUUUUAUUUAUUUAGUUCAGUCGUAAUCACAAUCAGUACGAUGGACAAUGUUUAUUUAUUGUGAAAUGUGUAGCCAUACUUUAAGUUCACAAUGCGUGUGUAACAUAUGAUCAUACGAACUGAUAUAGGGUAAAGAACUGUUUCACGUUUCAACAGUUCUGCAUCGAUUACAAGUCUUCUAUCAAAUUAUCGGCCAUUUUGUAAGUUUCUUGGUAAAUGACCUACUUUGUCUUCUCAAAAGGGACAUGAAAUGCCUUUAUUUUGAUACAUUUUAUGCAGAAGAGGGGGUGAUGGUCAGCUUUGGGUCUAUGUCUUUCACGUAUAUUGAAUUGAUUUAUGAUGUAUAUUCCAUAAUUUGGAAUAGUUACGGUAUAAAUUAUUUUCAACUGUCUGCAUUACAGACAGAAACUAUGAAUUAUUAACAAGUGAAAUUCUUUGUAUCAAUAUUGGGACAUCGACUUACAUCGACUUAAGUGACUUAAUUUAUCAAAAGCAAAAUGGGGUGAAGAUACAUGUGUGAGCAAGGUGAAAGUAUGCAGAUGUAGACCUUAUUGAAAGAAUACUUUGUGCCCAAUUUUCAUGGAAAGUUUGGAAAAUGCAAUAUUGUUUACAUACCAGGUAAGAGAUCAGGCCUAUCUCUGACUUUCUUAUUAGUUAAAAAGCUGUGUAUUCAUAUCCAAAUUUACUAUACU